AUGCUUGUUUCACAUGUACUACUGGCUUUGGGUGUCAUGGGCUUUGGAUCGGCACAUUUCAUCGUCCCCAAUGAUGACCAGGAUAUGUCUGGUCUUACCGUGAACUCGAUCCCAGCAGCCAAGCGAGUCGAGUAUAUGCAGAAGGCAAACGAGGCUCUGUUCCGGCAAAGCGGACCUUGCCCCUUUGCCGCAUUCGGGACCAUCAUCGUAAACCACACCAGCGAUGAAGUCGUCUGCGAGGGAGCAAACUUCCGGACUGGUGACCCUACAAUUCACGGAGAAAUCUCCGCCAUCAACGCAUGCACGGCCAAGUUUGCUGAACAGGACAUGACGCCAACACAGAUCUAUGCCGCGUGGGGAGACCUCUCGAUCUACACGAACGCCGAGUCGUGUCCAAUGUGCGCGAAAUACGUCUAUGGAACCACCAUCCAACACAACUACAACGUCGGCUGGGGCGUCAUGACUCUCAGCAGUCAAUCUCGCCAGCUGCCUGGCUACCAGACCUCCAUGAUCGGACAGAUCCUGACCAACGAGACGGAUCCUCUCUUCUCAUGGCAGUACAACGCAAGCGCUCCCUGUCCAAACGAGUGCUUCCGCGUCCCGAGUGCGACUCGUGGUGGAACAACCUGCUCCAAUGUGACUGUCUCUCGAAGGGACUAUGAGGCGUUAUAG